AAUCUGGUUAACGGGAGACGUGGACUUUGUCCUCUGCUCAGUCACAAGGGAAACUGGAUCAAGGGUUGAGAAUUAUUCAACAGCACAGCAUAAAUUAUCAAUGAAAAUCGUGUUUGCUCGUGGCAUAAUCCAGAAGUAAGACGUGACUGAAAUAUUGCGUUGCCUGAGCCAAAUGCAGCAUUAAUUGUGUUUGAGAAGCCAGGUCGCCGAGAUGACUUUGAUUAUCCAGAUAUGGCCAAAGAAGCAGGAACAAAAGCCCUGGAGGAUGCUGGUGUGACGUAUGAUCAGAUUGAGCAUGCUUGUGUGGGAUAUUGUUACGGAGACACCACCUGUGGACAGAGGGCACUAUACCAGCUUGGAAUGAGUGGGAUCCCAAUCUACAAUGUGAACAAUGCCUGUGCCACAGGAUCUACUGCACUGUAUAUGGCAAAGAACCUCAUAAUGGGAGGACUGGCAGAUUGCGUGCUGGCGCUCGGAUUUGAAAAGAUGCAGAAAGGAUCCCUAGGAUCAACUUAUACAGACAGAACGAACCCAAUGGACAAACAUAUGGAGGUAAUGAUGAAUGCCCACGGACUAGACAAGGGACCCAUCACCGCUCAGAUGUUUGGAAAUGCAGGCCGGGAACACAUGGAAAAAUACGGAACACAACCAGAGCAUUUUGCAAAGAUUGCCUGGAAGAACCACAAACACUCCACUAACAAUCCCUACUCCCAGUUCCGUGAUGAAUAUUCUCUGGAACAGAUCAUGGCAUCCCCUAAAAUUCACGAUCCUCUCACCAAGCUGCAAUGUUGUCCAACGUCAGAUGGAUCAGCAGCUGCGGUUUUGUGCAGCGAAGAAUUUGUAAAGAAACAUAACCUACAAAAUCAGGCUGUUGAAAUUGUUGCCAUGGAAAUGGGCACUGAUUUCCCAAGCGCAUUUAAGGACAACUCUUGUAUGAAAAUGGUUGGAUAUGACAUGGCAAAAGCAGUAGCCAAUCGAGCAUUUGAGAAAGCAGGGUUGAGCAGAGAUGCGGUACAGGUUGUGGAACUUCAUGACUGUUUCUCGUGUAAUGAGCUCAUUACCUAUGAGGCUUUGGGCCUGUGUGAGGAAGGGAAAGCCAAGGAUUUGAUUGACUCUGGAAACAACACAUAUGGUGGAAAGUUUGUCAUCAACCCAAGUGGCGGACUCAUUUCAAAAGGACACCCUCUAGGCGCCACCGGUCUGGCUCAGUGUGCGGAGCUUAGCUGGCAGCUGAGGGGAAUGGCAGGAAGGAGACAAGUGAACGGGGCCAAGGUGGCGUUGCAACACAACUUGGGGCUAGGUGGCGCUGUGGUUAUUAGUAUUUAUAGACUGGGAUUUCCUAAUGCUCAACGACAAAUUCAAGCUGCUCCUGCCAGCAGUUCAACAGAGAAGGACUUCAAAUGCAAAGUCAUCUUCGAUGAAAUCAAAGAAAAUCUGGACAAGGAUGGACCAACUUGGGUGAAAAAGAUGAAGGGUGUUUUUUGCUUCAAAGUUAAAGGAGCUGGUGGGAAUCAAGGCGUGUGGGUAGUGGAUGCUAAAAAUGGAAGCGGAUCAGUCAAAUUUGGAGUCGAGCCUAAGGGUGACGUGACAAUAAUAAUGUCAGAUGAUGACAUGGUGAACCUAAUGAUGGGCAAACUGAAUCCACAGCAGGCAUUCUUCCAAGGAAAGCUGAAGAUCCAGGGCAACAUGGGGCUGGCCAUGAAACUGCGGGAAUUCCAAAACAGAACCAAGUCCAAGCUGUGAAAAACUAACAUGUCAAAAGCAAAAUCUGUGAACAAACCUUACUCAGACAAUUCUAGGAUAUAGGAUGUGAGGCCUCACUAUUCAGAUGAACCCUUUGAAUCAUGCAAUUCAUCCACUAAUCAGUCACCAAUAAUUUUAUCAUGUGAUUAUAUCCACCAAUCACUCACUGAUAAUUGUAUCAUGUGACUAUAUUCACUGUUGAUCAGCAAGAGUUUGUGUGAAUUCAACAUGGAGGACUCCCAUUUUAUGAUAUCUCUGUGAUUUCCUUAAAUUUUAAGUAUUAAAUUUUAUGAAUGACAAUCUUAUUUUUAAAAUGCUCAUAUAGUGACUGGUAUUCCCUGUCAAGGUUAAUUUAUAUACAUGUAUUUAAUUUAAAAUGUAUCUAUAUUGUAUGGAAUUGUAUUCAAUACAUAUACAAUAAAAAGAAAAAGACACAUAUCAGAUAAAUCCAUUGUAUACAUGCUGUGUUAUGAAAUUGAAAUGUUUCAUUGAAGUGAACUUCGGAACAUCAGAUGAUUAAAAGCCAGGCUGCCUUCAUUCAGUUCUCUCUCUCUCAUUAUUAGUAUUCCACGAUUUUUACAGAGGAAGCAAACUCACAGUCUGGCAAACACAAAGCUGUGGUUUGUGAAGCUAAUACUUAAAUGUCUUAAGAGAUUCACCAUGUUGAUGUAUUUAAGUGCUCUCUACUUAAUAAAGACAUAUUUUAUGUAGUUUUGGAAAAAAUAUUAAUAAAAAAAAUAUUAAUUCCUUUGAAAUUGAUAUACAAUGUAGAUUAAACAUUUUGUCUGGCUGAGACUGGAUGCUGUUUUUUGAACCAGAAUUUAAACCCUACCUGUUAAGAUGUAAUUCACAUUCCACAGUACUGAUAGUACUAACCCAAUGUUAGACACAGUACUAAUUUAAUACCCAUUUUUAGAGGUUACUAUUUAAUGAUAUUUCAAUGAUUGUUCAUGUAUUUUUCAUCUUUGUUCUCAAAUGUAGUGUUCAUGAUUUGAAUCGUAUUUUUCAUGUGGUAUUUGGCUGUCAUAGUUUAUGGAAAUGCACAACCAUGUUCUGCAUGAUUAUUGAAACAAAAUUAUGAUAUUAGAAGAUUAUGUACCAAGCAAGUGAAAUUAAACAAUGAUAGAAAGCC